UCCAUAUUUCCAUCUAACGGUUGUGCUUCAUCCUCACCGUCCCAGAUAUUAGGGUUUCUCUUUUGCUCUUCUGCCAACAAUUCCACACAUUUUCCCUCUUCUUCUCCUACCUUUAUUUUCUCGCAUUUUCCGCUUCAAUUUUCCCGGGAAAAUCAUGGUGAAAGGUCCAGGUCUCUACUCCGACAUCGGCAAGAGAGCUCGAGAUCUUCUGUUCAAGGAUUAUCAGAAUGACCACAAGUUCACCAUCACCACUUACACUUCUACUGGAGUGGAAAUCACUUCAACUGGAGUGAGGAAGGGCGAGGUAUAUUUGGCCGAUGUUAGCACUAAGAUUAAGAACAAGAACAUCACAACGGAUGUCAAAGUGGACACUAACUCAAAUCUACUUACGACCAUUACUGUGGAUGAACCUGCACCUGGACUCAAGUCAAUUUUUAGCUUCAUUUUUCCAGAUCAGAAAUCUGGCAAGGUGGAACUCCAGUACCAGCAUGAGUAUGCUGGAAUCAGCACCAGCAUUGGAUUGACAGCAAGUCCUAUUGUUAACUUCUCUGGUGUGGUUGGAAAUAAUUUGGUCGCUGUUGGGACUGAUCUUUCAUUUGAUACUGCCUCUGGCAACUUUGUCAAAUACAAUGCAGGGCUGAACCUUACUCAUGCUGACCUUAUUGCGUCUCUAACUAUAAAUGAUAAAGGUGACACUCUUAAUGCCUCGUAUUACCACAUUGUAAGCCCGCUGACUAACACUGCUGUUGGUGCGGAGCUUUCGCAUAGCUUUUCUAGCAACGAAAAUAUGCUCACUAUUGGCACACAGCAUGCACUUGACCCCAUAACCUUGUUGAAAGCUCGGGUGAAUAACUAUGGCAGGGCAAGUGCUCUGAUCCAGCAUGAUUGGAAUCCAAGAACCCGUGUGUCUAUCGUCAGUGAGGUGGAUACUGGGGCCAUUGAAAAGAGUGCAAAGGUUGGUCUUGCAGUGGCCUUAAAGCCUUAAACUUGGUGAUUUUGUGAGUGAUAUAGGCCGCGCCUCUUGUGGUGGAGGCAAUAAGUUUAGUGGUAGGGUUUGACUUUCCGAAUGAACCUUUGGUCCUUCAUUUUGGAGCUAUUAAUUUCUUCUAUCUUGGGGGGCGUGGGGUGUAAAAUUAAUAAAGCACAAACAAAUUUUAAAUUUGUAUUUAUUCAACAGAUUCAUCCGAACGUCAUUGAUUGAUGCACAUUUGAGUAAGAUUUUGAACAUGGAAGGUGAGAGUUACUGCAAUAUGUUUAGUUUUUUUUUUU